UUAAAUAUUAAAUUAAUUUCUUACACCCAAUUUAUAACGUAGGUGUAAAAGAAGGCCUCUCGGGCCUUCAUUUAUUUUCUUUGUGUAAAUAUUCACAACAAAUAAAAUACCAAAAAAUGUCGCGAGUUAUAAUCAUAACAUUAUCAUCAUUAUUGUUGGUAGGGCUAAUUGGUGCGGUGACAAUUGGGUUUGUGACAAACUGGGGGAAGGACGAGCCAAGAUUGACAUCAACGUCUAAGGCUGUUCAAGCAAUAUGUCAACCAACGGAUUAUAAGGAAGCGUGUAUGCAAAGUUUGUCGACCGUUAAGACGGAUGAUCCGAAAGAGCUUGUUAAAGCUGCGUUUGCUUCUGCUAAGAAUGAGUUAUUUGCAAUUGUGGAUAAUUCGACGGUAUUGAAAGAGCUUGAAAAGGAUCCUAUCACGGCUGUGUCUGUUAAAGAUUGUAAAGAGUUGUUUCAAGAUGCUAUGGAUGAUUUUCAACGUUCUUGGGAUGAAGUUGGCAAGUUUGAUGGGGAUAAGAUUAAGGAAAUGCUAUCCAACCUCAAGAUAUGGAUUAGUGCAACAAGGACAUACCAAGAGACAUGUUUAGAUGGGUUUGAAAACACAACAACUGACGCAGGCGCAAAAAUGCGAAAAGUCUUACAAACAGCCAUGCAAAUGUCUAGCAAUGGGCUUGCAAUUGUAAAUGACCUAUCAACCUUACUUACCACCCUUGACAUUUCAUCCUUUAAUGGUAGAAAACUCUUAUCACACAACCCACAUAGAUCUCUCUUAACCAAUUAUGAUGAUAGUGUUCUUCUUCCCGACGACGACGAGGAGGAUGAUAAGAGAAGAAAGCUUCUUGUUAGCUAUGAUCAAGUCAUUGGGCAUUCUUCAAGUGAUGGUGCUGAGUAUUGGCCUGAAUGGGUUGAUGGGUUUAGGCGUAGGCUUUUGGAAGCUCCUAAUUUGGCUAAUGAUUUAAAGGCUAAGGCUAAUGUGGUUGUGGCUAAAGAUGGGAGUGGUAAGUAUAAGACUAUUGAAGAUGCUUUAAAGGAUGUUCCUAAGGAUGGGAAGGAGAGUUUUGUUAUAUAUAUUAAGGAAGGUGUUUAUGAAGAAUAUCUUGUGCUUUUUAAAUGGAUGACUAAUGUUGUUUUUGUUGGUGAUGGUCCUACUAAGACUAGGAUUACUAAUAACAAAAAUUUUGUUGAUGGUGUCAAAACUUUCAAGACCGCUACUGUUUCUGUUCUAGGAGAUUUCUUCAUGGCAACAGACAUAGGAAUAGAGAACUCAGCAGGAGCAAUAAAACAUCAAGCAGUAGCAUUCCGUGCACAGUCAGACAAAUCAAUCUUCUUCAAUUGCCAUUUCGACGGAUACCAAGACACACUCUACGCACACACAUACCGUCAAUUCUACCGCGACUGCAGAAUCACAGGCACAAUCGAUUUCAUCUUCGGCGAUGCAGCAUCCUUCUUCCAGAAUUGUGUUUUCGUGGUUCGAAAACCGCUAGACAACCAAAACUGCAUUGUCACAGCACAAGGCAGAAUGGAAAGACACCAACCAACAGGAAUAUUUAUUCAUAACAGUAGAUUUGAAGGUGAUCCUGAAUACUUACCACUUAAGAACAAGAAUAAGGCUUAUUUAGGAAGGCCAUGGAAAGAGUAUUCUAAGACAAUUAUAAUGGAAUCUGAGAUUGGUGAUUUCAUUCAAGGUGAAGGGUGGUUACCAUGGGAAGGUAAUUUUGCACUUGAAACAUGUUAUUAUGGUGAGUAUAAUAAUGUUGGGGCUGGUUCUGGUUUGGCUAACAGGGUUAAGUGGACUGGAAUUAAGAAUAUACUUGUGGAUCGUGCUGAAACUUUUAUGCCACCUAAAUUGUUUGAUAAUGAUGAUUGGAUUAGAACUUCUCGUGUUCCUUAUCAACCUAAUUUGUCUACUAUUCCUAUUUCCGAAAUUUCAGAAACACCGGCAGGAGCGCCAUUAUCCUCCAUUUCAGGUGAAUCUUCCUUUGGUAGUUCAUCGUCAAGUGGUUCAAGUUCCGAUGAUUCCUCAUUAGGAGGCUCUUAUGGUAGAUCUUCAUCAAGUGGAUCUUCUUCUGGUGGAUCUUCAUCAAGUGGUUCUUCUUAUGGUGGAUCUUCAUCAAGUGGUUCUUCUUCUGGUGGAUCUUCAUCAAGUGGUUCUUCUUAUGGUGGAUCUUCAUCAAGCGGUUCUUCUUCUGGUAGAUCUUCAUCAAGUGGUUCUUCUUAUGGUGGAUCUUCAUCAAGCGGUUCUUCUUCUGGUGGAUCUUCAAGUGGUUCUUUUUAUGGUGGAUCUUCAUCAAGUGGUUCUUCUUCUGAUGGAUCUUUAUCAAGUGGCCAUUCUAAACACAAAGGGUCUCAAGGAUCUUCAUCAAGUGGCUCUUCUUCUUCUGGAACUUCUCACUCAUCUUCAUCUACUCCUUCUGGCUCUUCUUCCUCAGGAACUUCUUCAAAAGGAUCAACCUCUUCUGGUUCUGGAGCUUCCUCUACACCUUUAGGCUCUUCUUACGGCUCCUCUUCCUCUGGAACUUCUUCAGAAAGAUCAUCAUCAUCUGGUGCAGGAUAUUCAUCUGGUUCAUCGUCAUCUACAGAGCCCGAAACAACUGUAGAAGGUUCAGAAGCUCCAUCAUCAACUUCCAGUAUAAGUGACGCACCUGCUCCCGCUUCUUCCCUUGGAAUCGAACUCGAGAUUCCUAGCCCAACACCAACUCCAGGAGUGUCGAUACAAGUGGGUCCAGUAACAGUACGUGAAUUGGAAAGAAUGCUUAUGGAGAAUGAAGAAAUUACAGAAGGUGACGAAACUAAUGAUGAUAUGUCAGGGAAUGUUCCAGAUGGUGAUGAGCCAAGUCCAGCAAGGGCUGAACCCCCAAGUCCAGCACCUUCUCCAAACAACAUUGCCAUUACUCCAAGUCUAACCCCAUCACCGGCACAAAGUCCUUUGGAAGAGGUUUCAGACUGGCUUCCACCUACUACAGCUCCUAGCCCUGAUGAGGAAGCAGAUAAAUUGCCUCCACCUACAAUUACUCCACCAAAACCUAGCUCUGGAACUAAGUCAUCCACAUAUGAGUUGCACAUUAUUUUAAGUGGGCUGGUAAUGUGGGUUGCUUUAUUUAUGUAAAGUGUUAAAUUAUUCCUUAUACCUCUAGUUAUUUCUCCUUUGUUUUCCUUUUCAUUUUGUUCUAUAAACUUACAAUUUAAACUUAGCUUACAUUGAUGGUUUUUAGAUCUUGUAUUUGAUACAAACUUUUUCUUUCAUAUUUUUACUAGUUGUUAGAACACUUAAUUAAUUAAGGUAUGUGUAAUGUGUUCACCGAUAAUAUCAUAUUUUUGAUUCUAGUUA